AUAUUUUGAAAUUUUUGAUAAGGUUAUAAUAAGUAAGAGAAUGGCAUCAGCCUUAAUAAAUUCUUUUAAAUUCUUAAGAAUAUCAAAUGUGCCGAAAUAUACUCUGUGCAAAGCGUUAAAUAAUACUUUUUUGUGUGAUAAAAGUGUUACUUCGACUUAUUUGCCAGUUAGGAACACGAGUUUUUUUAACAAACUUCCGGCAGAGGACUUGUGGAAAGGAGUUAUUUCUGUUAGUAAUGCUGGUAAGAAACGUGGAAGAGGUAAAGGUGUGGGUAGAAAAAUUGCCAAAGAUUUGAAUAAAGGUCAGGUUAUUGGCCAAGGAAAAUCUAACAUUUUAUGGCCGGGACUAAACGCUCCAGUAUUACGAGGCAAUGAGCUUGUGAAACAACAAAAAUUACCUGAGGAUCCGGAGAGACAGCAAAAACUUAUAAAAUUGCGUGAUUCUAUGGGAAAAUUUCGUGUAAUGAGAAUUAACCCAAUUGAUCGAGGUUGGACAGGCUCAAAAAUGCCGGGUCGUAGUAUUGGUCCACCUGAUGCAGUUGGAGAAGACACUUUUGAGGGUUUUGAUAGCAGAGUGCUUGAACUUAAAACUGUAUUUAUAAUGAAAGGUAAUCUUGGCCGGAAACGUAGAUUUUCAAUUCUUACAGUCACUGGAAAUGGAGAAGGUUCAGCUGGUUUUGCUUUAGCUAAAGCAAGUGAAGUCAAAGCAGCGUUGAGGAAAUCCAAAAACCGUGCAGGUCAAAAAUUAAUUUACAUUGAUCUAUGUGAUGGGCAUACAGUUUUUCACGAUUUCUAUUGUGCCUUUGGCAAAACUAAAAUAUUUGUAUCUAAAAAACCGGAAGGGUACGGAUUAGUAUGCCACCGAGCAAUUGCAACCAUUUGCCGUGUGAUUGGCAUUAAAGAUCUACACGCUAAAAUUGAAGGCUCAACAAAUUUGCAACAUAUAGUUAAAGCAUUCUUUAUUGGAUUACUACAACAAAAGUCACAUCAGCAAAUAGCAGAAGAAAAAGGUUUGCAUUUAGUGGAAUUUAGAAGUGAAAAUCGUGGAUUGCCAAGAGUUGUAGCCAGUCCCAGUGUUUGUCGAAAAAAGGAAGAUAUUCAAACUGGAGAAGUGAUGGAUUUUACUCAAUAUGUUUUGGGCGAUAAAAUCGUAUUAAAAAAGAAAAAAUAUCCACCUUUUUUUUCUGAAAGUGCUGGCUAUAAAAUUCACCUUAGAAAAAAAGAAUAUCGACGAAAUCAAGAUAAAGUUCGAUUAGAAAUGUUAGUAAAUUAUGGUGAACUAAGAAGCUUUUUAACAGAUAAGUAUCCAGAAUGUAGACCGUUUAAAAAGCAAGAUGCAGUAAAAGAAGCAGAAAAUUGAAAAAAAAUUUUAUAAAUCAAUAAACAUAUUUUUACAUAUA